AAAUGGCCACUAAAGUGCAAACAUAUUACUACAGAAAUAAUAUAAUAAGUUAACUUAUUAUUUGAUAUCAGGAUUAUAUGCGCAAAGUAGUAAUUCGAAUUUAGCUCGUGAUCUCUGUGAGGCGGGAAACGCUAGCUCGCUAAUAUAGUCAAAUAUGACAGCAGCAAUGUUAUCGCGUACUUGAAUGCUAAAUGUAUAUCUUGUGCAGCUGAAAGGCGAGACGAAUCCUAUCGUUAUUCAAAUUCUAUAUGUAAGGAUGCUAACAUUAUAAGUGCACUGGAUUCGAAGCGAAAAUUCACACUAACGCAAUCGCAGCACCAUAUAUAUAGAGAGAACAUAGCGGACAGAAGACGGGGCAGCCGGAAGUGUUCCAUGUCCGGAAACGACCAAUGUUAAAUGCUCACUCGUCACUCGUUCCUCUCUAAAACACCAACACAGACCGUCCAACAUAUUUUAGCCUACAAAAAAAAAAAAAAAAUAAGAAAAAAAAAAUAAGAAAAAAACUACAAAUAAAUACAUCAUCGGUCGUAAUACGGUUUGAUAUAAUUUGCACAGGACAUAACAACGAUACUUGCAUCUGCUUUACAAUAUAAGAGACACUCUGUCUCAUGCAAUCGCAGCACGGUUGCAGUGGAAAUAGGGUCUGCUAACUAGCUGUAGCAAAAGGCUAACCAAUGGAAAACAAAACGCAGAGCUGCUGAGGUACAUGAGCGAGGGGGGCAGGGUGGGACAGUGUAUAGCAGGCCCUGCUCAUCUUGACCAGGCUAAAAGAUGGAUGCAUAGUGAGAAGAGGAGUAGCAGAAAAACAAUUUUUUUCACAGACCUCAAGAAUGGUAGAGGAGGAUUUUGCUUCCAACAAUGGAAAAAAAGAAAAUUAUAAUAAUUGAAACCAGGAAACAGAGAUGUAGGCCUUUUUUUUUUUUUUUUUUUUUAAUUUAUUUUUUUUUCCAGAAGGAUUUUGGAUCAAUAGAUAUUGUUUGAAGAUAUGAAAUUAGCCCAUGGGAUUUGGAGGAAUCCAUCUAACUGUGGGAUGGUCAUAAACUGAAAAAACUGUAACCCAGGAAAGUAGAUUUUUUUUAAAUGUAUUUUUUACUGAGAGCAAACCAUAUAAAGCACUUCAAUUGCUCUUCUCAAAAUAUGAAAACGAGAUUGUUACAUCAUAUUUUCCUACCAAUCCAUAUGUCUUUGUACUCUUAUGAAACAUUAAGACUAAAAUCUUAAUAGCAAAGCUAAACUAAUAUAAUUGUGAUCCAAUAUAAGGCCAAAAGGGAGUUGAUUUUGGUCAUUACAUUAAGUGACAUUAUCAGCCAUUAAGCAGUAAAAUCACAUUGAAGACUCAAAAAUCAGAAGAAACCACUUUUUGCAGAAAUUCCACAUUCAUGUUACAAUUAGUACAAAAAUGUCCGCUCAUUGCCUCAGUCUCACCCUGUGAAUACUUGGCUAAAGAAUGGAGCAGUGCCUGCUUAAAAUGAAACUACGGUAGUAUGCGAAACACUGGUGAAAUGGAAGGUGAAGUGGAACCACGCUUGCGAGUUAUCACAUUUUUUUUUUUUUUUUUUUUUUUAAAUUGGUACUGCUUUUUCUGACCACAACUCAUUAGGAAAACACUGUGGAAAUAUUGUUGCUGCUUAUAGAGCAGAAGGUGUUGCCCCUGCACACCAAUGAUUCAGUAACUGGGAGAUGUUCCAGUUUGGAAAAUACAAUGUGGACAUCAUAGAGAUGCUGAGUGGACACCAGGCCCAUCAGUUCAAAGGUCUUGGAUUAGAUCGACAACUUCAACACCAACAGCAAGUGCAACUUCACCAACACCAGAUACAGCAACAGCAGCAAGGUGAGACAUCUGGGACAAUUUUGUCUGGACUUGGCUUAGGCCCACUACAAGGAUCUAGAAGCAGUGCCUUUUCGGACUCCGCAUCAAUUUUUGCAAAAAUGAGUGCACCUCCCCCACCUCUACAGCAGCAGUCUCUGUCUUCAUCCUCUCAAAGUUUGAGGAAAUCAAGCAAAAUGUCUGGAAGCAGUAGUAGCGGUGGAAGUCAUGUAAGUGGAUAUCCCCAGUUUUUACGUUCAUUUCAUCCAACUGAGGCAGCCCUUGCACAAGAGCAGUUGCAUUCAGUAGGGCGAUUUGAUCAUUUUGCCAGCAGUAGUGGAAGUGGAGGAACUGCAGGGGGAAUUGGAGGACUGGUUUCAUCUGUUCCACCACCACCCCCAUUGCAUCCUUGCCUAUCAGUACCACAUGCAUCCCCUGGGCCGCCAUCCUCCUCUCCAUCUCCUGUUUCAACCUCCAAUAACCCUCCCAGCAGUAGCACAGUAACUACUUUAGGUCAUCAGUUGACAGGAUCUCAGUCAGAUGCCCGGAGCCUACAUCAGCAGUUUAGCUGCAUGUUAGCAGCAAAUCAGUAUUUUCUUUCUGGAGUACCAGCCAAUUCCAGUCUAGAACAAUUUUUAGUACAGCAAGGCAGUCACAACCAUCUUAGUAUUGGCCUGGGCCAAGCUGCAGGAGAAACAAGUUCAGCUCUUGCUCCACCCACUGCUCUUCAUUCUUCACACACUCAUGGUCACUCAACCACUUUAUCACAGCCACAACAGCCACCACCACAACAGCAGCAAAUGCCACCUCAUGCUUUGUCUCACCCACAUCCACACCACCCACUGCACUCCUCCCAGCCCUCUUCACUUGGAAGUUUUGACUUUCAAGGAAUCCCAGUGCUUUCCUCAAACCAGCUAGCAUCUCUAAUGCAACAGGAAGCCGGUUUACCACUUCCUCUUCCUCUACAUCUUUCUUUAUCCAAGGAGGAGGGAAAGGGUGAUAGUGCUGCUGGAGGAGGUGCAAGUGGUGGUAGGAGAAAGAAAGCGAUGGCUGGCUACCUGCCACAGAGAAAGCCUGAGAGCAGUAGCAACAGCUCUACAAACCCUAACUCCCACAGUAGCACUUCAGGGGGACAUAACCAGGAUAAUACUCCAGGCUUGGAUGGAAGUGAGAGUGUUGGUUUGUCAGGUAUUGGUGGAGACCCACCUUCCCACCUAACAUCCUCCUCUUCUGUUGCUUUAUCAUCUUCCUCAGCAUCUUGUACAUCAGCAUCAGCCUUGGUGACAAAUGGCUCUAAAACAGACAACCAUGGUUCCAUGCCACCUCAAUCACAGCCUGAACAAAGAGCUCUUUAUCAUUGUGGUGAGUGUGGCAAAACUUUCACACAUCUCUCUAGUUUGCGCAGGCACCUACGCAGUCAUGAAUUAACCACAGCUGGCACAAGUGGCACAAGAAGUAACAUUGUAAACCCUGUUCUGCAUCCUGCUGAUCCAAGUAUUCCCCACUCUACUCAAGAUGGUUCAGCCUCAUCUUCAUGUGCCAGUCCUGACAAGUCUUUUCAUUGUUCUGAGUGUGGCAAAGGUUUCAAGAAAAAGGGGCACCUCCUUCAACAUGGUGUCAUCCACUCUGGGGCUCGGCCCUAUGCCUGCACUACUUGUAGUCGUGCUUUCAAUCGGCGUGAGUCACUCACCCGCCAUGAAAAGAUCCAUGAAGAAAAACCAUUCCGUUGUCCAGCUUGUGGACGCUGUUUUCGGGAAAGUACGUCCCUUUUGAACCAUGCAGCCUCAGGUACAUGUGGCAAGUCAGGACGUGCACCAAGAUCCAAGCAUGAAAGUAAUAUAGUUGAAGGCAAGAACAAUAAAUCAGGGGGCCCCCAUGAUGGAAUAGCAACUAAUGCAGCGGGUUCUUACGGGAGUGAUGAUUUCAGUGAUGACUACAAGGACCAGCGCUCUCAAGGUAACAUGUAUUCUGAAACAUCCUCAUGUGGUGGUGGCAGCAUGACAGGGCCUGCACUUAGGAAGGCACCAUUAGCUCCUACUCUGCAUCCACACCUACAAAGCCAAAACCAGCAGCAGCAUCAUCAACAGCCACAUCUCCCCCUUUCAUCUCUGUUAGAUGAUUCAGAAGAUGAUGUCACUAGCUCUGUAAACAAUGCCAUUUCUGCCAUCACUGCUGCUGCUGCAAAUUGUAUGAGUGGUGAUCUUACCCACAGUGGAGGUAGAGGGGAUGAUCGAAGGGAUAUUAUUGGUGGAUUACUUGGAGGUCUAGGUCUAGGGCCCCUUGGCUCACCUAGUGGUCCAUCUUCCACAUCUGGUAUUGACAAGUCCUACAGAGGUAGUGCUAACCAGAGUGCAGUGGCCCUCAACCAGCAACCAAAUCAGCAACCUGGCGGAAAGCCCAAGCGCCCUCGUAAACCCCGCAAAAAGAAAGAACCUGGUGUAGCUGGUUUUGAGGCCACAAAAAGAAGACAGUCUUCUCACAGACCAGUUGGGCCUAGUGGGGAUGUUAGACCAUAUUUGUGCAGUGUUUGCGGUCGAGGAUUUGCAAGAAGAGAGACCUUGCGGAGGCAUGAGAGAAUACACACUGGAGAAAAGUCUCACCACUGUUCUGUGUGUGGCAAGUACUUCAGAGAGGCAUUUCAUCUAAGCAAGCACCACACAGUACAUUCUGGAGAGAAAAACUACAAAUGCAUUCUGUGUGGAAAGGACUUUGGAUAUGCUCAGAGCCUUAAAAGACAUGGCAAGCUACACCAGAAAGGAGAAUUGGAAGAAGUGCCAACAACACCAAGUGGGGAAAAUCUUAACUGCUAUCCAUCCAGUGGUGGCAGUUUGAUACAGGGGGGUCAAGGCAGCUCUACUUCAUUCUAUUCGUACACUCAAGACAUCAAACCACAGACAUCACAUCCUCAGCCCCCUCCUAGACUCUACACGUGUGCUAUAUGCUGGAAAUCGUUCCGCCAUCACUUUCACUUGACUGCACAUCACCAAACAGUUCAUGAGGGUGGUGGUGAAAAGCUGUUUUCUUGUGAAGUCUGUGGGAAGGCUUUUGCGUACUCUAACAGCCUUACAAGACACAGGCUUUCUCAGCAUGGCUUAACACGAACUGGCCAGGUAGUAGCUCAGAGGAGCACAAGUGAAGAUAACAGUGUUGGUGGUUCGAUAUCUGAAAGUGAAGCUGCUACCAAUGCUUUGCUUCAGCUUGCACCACCAAGUGGCACACAUGGCGAACAACAGUCUCAUGUUGGUGUUCUUCAUACCCAGGAGCCUCCUCCUCAACCACAAGCAAGCUACUCCUCUCUCUUCUAUGUACCUGAUGCCAAUGCAUCACACCCCUCUUCAUCCAAUGCCUCCACUUAUUCUCAUUCUCUGUCCUCAAGUUCCUCAGUGCCUCUUCUUUGUAACCAUCAGCAUCCACAUGCUGGUGUAAAGGGUGAGCCCAUUUACCAAACAGGUCAUGGACAUUCUUUUAAUCCGAACGUACCUGUACAUUCCCUUGCCUUGCCUCCAUCACAGCCACAUCAGCACCAUAACUCCCAGCAACAUUUAGCUGAGAUUCAGUCUACACAACACCAGACUUUUCAAAGCCAAGAGGAGCUGAGGAGACGGAAGAAAAAAAAAAAAAGACGGGAAGAGAGAGGGGAGAUAGGCUACAAUUGGAUGCCAGCUGCAAGAGUGGAGAGAGAACAUGUGGAACUCUCACUUGGGGAAAGGCAGAAAAAUGAGAGUGGGAAACUUCUAAGGAGAAGGAGGAGAGCAAUACGUAGGAGGCAACAUAAAAUUAAGAAGCACAUGGCUGUGCUUGUGAGAAUUAGACAAGGAAGUGGAGGAAGUGCCAUGUAUGAACUGGGCCUUCCAGGUGGACUGAAGCUUAACAAGCUGCGUUCUCUCAAAGUUCCUCUGAAACGGAGAUCCUGUCCUCUGUGCCUUGGAGCUACCUUCUCACAGCAGGCAGCACUUAAGGUUCAUAUAGCAGCUAGACACUGUCCCAGAGUUAGUGGCCUUCAGCAUCGUUUGAGAUGUCCAGUUUGUGGAAAACAGUUUCACAAGUUCCUCUCUGCCCUCAUUCACAGAAGCUCUCAUUUAGCUAACAGAGCAUUUUCUUGUAAACAUUGUGCCUGUCGUUUCUGGAAUGCAGUGCUCCUCACAAGGCACAAGAAGGUGUGUCGAGGUACGCUAGCUAGUUUUCGACAAAAGAGGGCUCUUUGUGUGAAAUUAGUGAUGGGAUCAACAUACAGGAAGUUUGAGUGUAAAGGGAACUCUUCAGCCCUGCAUAUGGAAUACAAUCAGCCUCUGUCAUAAAUCACAUUUUCAUAUGCAGUUUGAGGAGAGAUAUUGAUCGUGGGGAUUUUCCUGACAAAAACUCAGAUAUUUGACUGCAUAUCCCAUAUACUAAUUUAGUCUUUGACUUUGUGUGUUAUGAGAGCUUUUUCUUUUCUCUCGCAGUCAUAAUAAAUUUCCUCAUAACUUGCACCCAUAGAAAUGAACACCCUCAACAAACUUACAAAUGUAUCAAAGGCAUUUUUAAAGAAAGGCUUAGCCUACCCAUCUAUCCAAAUUUCACACCAAUAUUCUCAGAGGAAACUCCUGUUCAUAAUGAAAUGAUCCUUGGCUCCUUGAAUGGCAAUUGAUAAAGUAUUAGUGAAUUGACAAAUAUUGUUCUUUAUCCUAACAGUAGGCUGUUGCUCACUGUUCCUCAACAGAUGCUCUGUAGAAUUAUUCUGUCUCUGAUAUAUAAUGUGUUGUUGGUGUUCACUUAGAGCAAGUGUGGAGAUGUGAUUUUGUUGAUGUAAAAAGUGCAUUCAGUAUUAGAAGGAGAAAAGAAUGGUCCUACUAUAAAGAUGAGUGUUUUGUUUAAAAGAAUAUUUAAAUUACUGCAUGUUGGACAUUGCUGUCCAUGUAUUGAAAGGUCAGUUUGAUUAAUGAGACUGAACUCUGAUUGUUACAUGACAAAAACAAUUUAAAAUGUACCUUAACUCUCAAUAGAAGAAUUAAAAGAAACUAACAUGCUGAUUAACAAUUCAAAAUGUCAGAGAGAAUUGCCCAAAAAUAUGCCCUGUUUUGAUGUAUCCACUGUUUGGAAUGAAAACUAGCAUUAAGAUGGUAAUGACAGCACUUAGGACAAAAUAUUUUCCACAUAACCAGUCAAAGGACAAAUAUAUUGCAGGAAGUGAAUUGACUGAUUUUGUGCCCUAAAUUAACUUGUGGCAAAAGCCUUACCAAAUUGAGACAAUUAAAAGGACACAUUUUAUUAGUAGUAACAGUUAUGUACAGAGUUUGGGGGGGGGGGGGAAUAAGUGUACUGUAAUAUUAAUUGUGUCAAUAUUUUAUUAUGUUUUUUUUUUAAGUGUAAGUCCAUUAUCUUCAUAGCUACACUUCAGGUUGUAGGAAGAGUGAUUGUAGGAGUUAUCACUUUAGAUCAGGUCUUGAUCAAGUGUAUUAAUGUGUGGCAGUCUGUCCACUUGCCAACUAUGAAAGUAUCCCACAUUUUCUCACCAUUUAUGUAGAGAUGCCAUACUACUUGUAGCCUAUUUUUUUUUCUUUAAAAGAAGAAAAGUAAUAAGUAUGUUUCUAUCACUUUAUUUACAUUUAAGCUGGUUGUUGAUAAUACCCGAGCAUUUAAUAAAAUGUUCAAAUGUUAUAUCCUUGUCAAUUCCAUGUACACGUUUAUUGGUAUGUUAUUGCAAUGUUUGUUUUUUGUUUUUGUUUUUUUGCUCGCAUUAAAAUAAGCUUAAAUAUGCAUUUUGCAUUCAAAUAUAUUUUACGAUUUAAUCAAUUCCAGAAUUUUUUAUUUUAUAUAAAGGUUGUUGAUUUAUUACCACUGUUAAAUCUUUGUUAUAAUGUUUAAAUAUUUAGUACUUCAUUCAGUUGCUGCAAUGUCACUUUAUUCCCAUGUAGGUAAUAUCGUGAUCUCACACACAUUGCACUAAUUUAUUGUUCUAGUAAAGGGAAUAGUUCUGUGCCUGAGUAUUUAUCCCCAUGAAACCCAUAAACGAUUUAAACCCAAAUUAUGUUCCAGGGACAUAAAAAAUAUGACCAUGCUUUAUUUCUUUUCUAAAUGCAAUCAUAAAUAAUCAUUCCCAAAACAAAACAAAAAAACUGCUAUUAUUUUUUAUAGUUAUUUCUUAAGUCUAUGUUACAAUUGAUAUUGGUUAAAAAAAUGUGUAACAUCCAAAUAAUUAUGUCUUUGAUGUACGUUAUAAGACAACUUUGUAUUAUAUAUAAAACGAAUUGCUGGAAUUCAA